AUUACAACACUAUUUUCAAUUUUAAUAUACAGAUUGUGUAUAAAAAAAACAUUCAAAGCAUUGGUUUUUAUUUAAUGUUAUUAUCGUUUCGUUUGAUUUGAUAUUUACUUACAUCUGAUUAUUCUUGAAAAGUCUUGGGAAGAAAAUGUCUAAAAGAAAGGUUCAGUUCAACGAUGAUAUCGAUUUCAAAGAGAUCAGAGAAGAUGAUGUCGAAGAAGAUGUAGAAGAAGAAGAAGAAGAAGACAAAACCGCUGAGACAUCGGACGCCAAGUUUGGCAAAAAAUUCAAGCAUACGCUGGACAGCGAUGAAGAAGACGACGAAGUGAUUUCCGAAAACUAUAAUGUAUUGGACACGGAUCAGAUCGAUGGCCAAGAAGAUGCUACCAUUGAUCAGGACGACGGUAUUCGUAUUACACCAUUCAAUAUGACAGAAGAACUGGAAACCGGACACUUCGACAAAGAAGGUACUUAUAUAUUCAAUAAGGAUGAAGAUAUUCGUGACAAUUGGUUGGAUCACAUCAAUUGGCAGAAGCUUAAAGAUACGACUGGUGGCGAUGGCAGCGAACAGAAAAAAUCCGAUAACAAAGAAACUGAUUCGGAAACAGAGGACAAUACGGCCAACAUUGAUAUCUGCGAUAUAUAUCGGCAAAUGGUUGACCUAAUGAAACCGCAGGAAAGUGUCGAACGAACCAUUCAACGGUUGGGAAAAAUGUUUCCGAAACCGAAACCAUCGGAUCGGUGGAAGAAAAACAAAGACUUGUCGUUGACUGACAAACAAUUGGAGGCAAAAACAAGUUUAGCUAAAUUAACUUCGUUGGCCAAUUCGGUACUAUUGACGGGUGAUAUGGAUAUCUAUCAGAAAACUUACGAACAUUUGGUCUUUACUAUGGAAAAGAAGAAAAAGUUGAACAAUAAUAAAAACGAAACGACAACAACAACUUCUUCUUCGACUAUUGAAUCCGAUAUGUUUUCUGAUGACUUUGAUGUCAAUAAAAAACCAGAUGAUAGUAAUGGUGAUAAUAAUGAGAUGACGACCACUACUACUACUACUACUACUAGUGAUGAAGUGAUGUGGGAAUUCAAAUGGGAUGACACCGAUGAGGCAAAAGUAUUUGGUCCGCACAGUAGCCAACAAAUGAAUGAUUGGGUUACUGAAGGACACUUCGAUAAAGGUGUCUAUUGUCGACAACUCGGCAAAACUGAUUCACAAUUUUAUAACUCCAAAAGGAUUGACUUUGAUUUAUACACUUAG